GGUUUUAUCAAGGUUAUAACGUCACGUAGCAUGGCAUGUUAAAAUAUAAAAUCACAAAAAAAUUUAUUAAAAAAAAGGAAAAUUUUCUGAGUUUCUUUUUCGGUUUGUUUUUGUAAAACAUAUCUAUGGCUUCCGAAGGCAGGGAGGCUGACAAGGUGGUCUGCGAGGCGUUUUGCGACAGCAAUAAAAAGAAGAAGAAGAAGAAAGACGAUAAUGACAUGUUCAGAUCUUCGAAACUCAGGUAUCUCGGUUAUGCGAACGAGUUCGGCGAGUCGUUCCGCAAUUUCAUAGGGCCGAAGGCCGUCGGUUUCUCUUACCUCCUUUCUUCAGCUUACGUUAUCGCAGACACCGGUGCCAAGGCUUCGGACACUUGGAAGGCGCACGGAAACAAGCCGGGCAGGGGCAAGCAGGCGUUUAAGACCGGCCUGGACGUCCUCACAUGGCAGUCGCUCGCCUCUGUCAUCAUACCGGGCUUUACGAUCAACCGUAUCGUCGCUUUGACGAGGGCGAUCGCUUGCAAGACGUCAUUCGGAGGGCAGGGCCGGCUCAUCUCGUCUGCUGCCGGCCUCGCAGCCAUACCUUACAUCAUUAAACCGAUCGAUGAGUUUGUCGACAUAGUCAUGGACGACUACGUAAGGCCUGCGUUGGCUAAGAUAUGAUUUAAAUAAACUCAGAGAUCUUUCUGACUAGACGCCAUUGGCAUAGACGCGGUCUCGACGGCAUGGCGUGAUUAAAAACUCUCCUGCACUUCCGACUCUCGCAAAAUUUAUGAAAAUAAGAAAAAAAAAUUUGUUUUUGUUUAUUGUUAUCGUAUGGUUAAUAAAAUAAAAUAUUUUACGCCU